AUGCGGGUUCUUUUUUGGAACAUCAAUGGUGUUGCGCGUACAACAUCACAUUCUAAGCUUAGGGAGCUGAUUAGAGAUUUCCAUCCUGAAGUUUUUGGUCUUGCUGUACCAAAAGUGGCGUGCUCAGCAAAUUUUGGGAGGAGGCUAAUUUCUGAAGGUUAUUCUUCGUUUAUUAUUAAUAAUUCUGCUAAUGUUGGUAUUGGAAAUCUUUGGGUUUGUUAUAAGGAUGGGCUUCAUGUUUCUGUAGUUAAUUCUAGUAAACAAGCUAUUACAAUUGCGGUUGAUGGUGUGUAUAUCUCUUUUGUCCAUGCUAUCUACAGUCAAACUACUAGGCGCAGGAUUUGGCAGAAACUAGUUAUGCAAGAUUCAAUUACACCUUGGCUGGUCAUAGGUGAUUUUAAUUGUAUUUUGUGUUUGAAUGAGAAGAAAGGUGGCUUGGAAAUAAGAUCGUCUGUUAUUGAUGAUUUCAGUGAUUGGAUGGAUGACAAUAAUCUUUUUGAAUCGGAUUCCUUGGGAAGCAAAUUCACUUGGUGUAAUAGGCAAUCUGGUACUAGGCGUAUUAUUAGUAAGUUGGAUCGUGCAAUUAUUAAUGCGGCUUGGCUUGCUAAAUUUGAGAAUUGGCGGUGUAAAGCUCUUCCUAGGGAAGUUUCCGAGCAUUCUACUCUUUUUGGUUAUCCUUUUUCUGUUCCUAGGCCUUGUCGAGCUCCUUUUCGUGUUCAAAAGAUGUGGUUUCUGCAUGGGGAUUUUCUUCGGAUGGUCAAUGAGAGUUGGACUUUGUCUGUUCAUGGUUCUCCUGAUUUUAUUUUCCCUUAUAAAUUGAAGCGACUGAAGAUUGCAAUGAAGGAUUGGAAUCUGAGGAUUUUUGGUAAUGUGAAUUCUCGUUUGAAGCAAGACCAACUUCAUUUUGAGACAUCAUCUCUUAUUUCAGAUGAGGAUCCUAGUAAUACUGCUAAACUAAAUGCAAUGAAGGAUGCUAUGAAAACUUUAUGUGAUACUCGUUUGCAACAGUUAACUAUGCUCAAGCAAAAGUCUAGGAACAAAUGGUUGGUGGAGGGUUCAAGUAAUUCCAGUUUCUUUCAUAAUAGUAUUAGAAUUAGAAAAAGUUUUAAUACUAUUUCGGAACUUGUUGAUAUGAAUGGGACUUGUUUGACAAAUUAUGAGCAGCUUCGUAAUCAUGUAAUUCAGUUCUAUGAAGAUAAGUUCAAUGGCCAAGAUCCGGUGAUUGAAGGGGAUUUAUUUUAUUUUGAGCAUGCUUCAAUUUCUGUUGAGGAGAGCAACGCCAUGGAUAUGAUUCCUUCCCCGGAAGAAAUUAAGCAAGCUGUUUUUGAUCUGAUUGCGGAUAGUGCCCCAGGGACGGAUGGUUUCUCUGGUUGUUUCUAUCGUCAUUGUUGGGAUAUUAUUCAUGAUGAUUUAACCAAGGCCAUUAUUCAUUGUUGGAAUGCUGGUAGUAUUCCAAAUGGUGUUAAUUCAUCUUUUAUCAUUUUGCUGGCUAAGUCUGCUAGAAUUUCUGUCAUUUUGAAUGGUAGUCCGGAAGGUUACUUCAAAAUUAACAGAGGUUUGCGUCAAGGUAAUUCCAAAAGUCUUCAUAAUCUUGUAGACUUGUUGGGAAGAUAUCAGCGUGCUUCAGGUCAGACUGUUUGUUGUCAAAAGAGUAAGAUUUAUUAUGGUGGUGGUUCUUCGAGUUGGUGUAAUUAUAUUGCAUCUUAUUUGGGGAUGAGUGUAGAUACUUUUCCGGACCGCUAUUUGGGAGUUCAAAUUAUGCCAGGUAUUGUUCGAUAUCGCCAUAUUAGCAAUGUUGUUGAAAAUAUUAGAAAUCAGCUUGCUGGUUGGAGAGGGAGGUUAUUAUCUUUUCAUGAUCGCAUUGUUCUUGUUAAAUCAGUUAUUGCCAGUUAUUACAUUCAUGAUAUGGCUAUUUAUAAGUGGUAG